AUGGCCCUUGUCCACCCGGACCACCGCCCUUCCCCCUCCACCCUUCCAACCCCAACGAUAGUAGGGAGCUUAAACUUGUGCCAUUAUUACAGUAUGAGUUCUAAUGGUGGUGCAGAUAGGAAUGGGGUGAAAAUGGUGGGUAGAAAACAUAAGCGGGUGGCGCGUGGUUCGGUUCACAUGAAGGUGAAGAAGCUGCAGAAGCUCAUACCAGGAGGGUAUGGAUUGAAGCCGGACCGCCUUCUCCUUAUGACAGCAGAUUACAUUUUGCAUUUGAGGCUGCAAAUCAAUGUGUUGCAAGCUCUUUCCCAGAUUUACAAACCAUGA